AUGUCGUCGUCAGGGGGCCGAGCGGCUAUUACCACUCCCGUCAGAUCGACGCCACAGAAGUCUACCCCCAUUGUCGACAGCCCGGGCACUUGGAGACACCCGCGCCUCAAUGAGAUCACAAGGCGGCGCAAUGCAACAACCUUCUCUGAGAAGAACGUGAGAAGGAUUGCCUUGAACAUUGGCUUUCUUCUCAGCCUCUGGCUUUCUCAGAUCCUCACCAAAUCGUACAUCCCCGCACAGUGGCUCAGCGCUCCCCUACGAUCCUAUCUAGGCUGGGCGUACUAUUUGGUCCAGCUCUUUCCGCUCGCCAACAUUGGCAUGGCCAUGCUGCCACUCUUCCGAUCCGAGGACGACCUGUCGGAUAUUCCUCUGACCCCCGCGCAACGCAAGCUUCUCGGCCUGCCGCCCAGCUCGACGGCAGCGACUCCUGAUGCUGUCUACAGCACACCGCCACGCUACUCGCGCACUCCGUCUUUGGCGGGUUCACCUGCGAGCAACAGAAGCUUCUCUGGCUCCCCGCUGUCCGGCAGGGGCAGCCCGGCUCUCGGGAGCUCCUUGAAUGGGCAGUCGUACUCCCCCUCUCCACUCAACAAUAGCCCGUCCAAGUUCUCGGCAAGCCUCAACAGCAACCGGCGAUCAUCCUUUGGCUCUUCGACAAACUUGGGGGCAAGCACGAGUUCUUCCCUCUUCCCGGACCCAGGUACGCCGAGCCCUUCGGCUGGAAAACGCACCAGCGUCGGCUUGAACAACAAGUGGCUUUAUGAAAGGGGCAGGCGGUCGUCGGGCAGCAACUGGAUGCACUGA